AUGCCUAAGUCAAAGGAACUUGUUUCUUCAAGCUCUUCUGGUAGCGAUUCUGACAGUGAAGUUGACAAAAAGCUAAAGAGGAAAAAGCAAGUUGCUCCAGAAAAACCAGUAAAGAAGCAAAAUACUGGUGAAACUUCCAGAGCACUGUCAUCCUCCAAGCAGAGCAGCAGCAGCAGAGAUGGUAACAUGUUUCAGAUUGGGAAAAUGAGGUAUGUUAGUGUUCGGGACUUUAAAGGGAAAGUCUUAAUUGAUAUUAGAGAAUAUUGGAUGGAUCCAGAAGGUGAAAUGAAACCAGGAAGAAAAGGUAUAUCUUUAAAUCCUGAACAAUGGAGCCAGCUGAAGGAACAGAUUUCUGACAUUGAUGAUGCAGUAAGAAAACUGUAAAAUCAGAGCCAUAUAAAACCUGUACUGUUCUAGUUGUUUUAAUCUGUCUUUUUACAUUGGCUUUUGUUUUCUAAACAUUGUUUUCCAAGCUGUUGUAUAUUUGGAUUGCAGAACAAUUUGUAAGAUGAAUACUUUUUUUAAAAUGUGCAUUAUUAAAAAUGUCCUGAGUGAA